AUGGACACGCUGGAGUCGAUUCGAGCGAAGUUGUCCGAGACGGAGGCUCUUGUGGUGUCUACCGAAGAAAAGCUGGAAACCUCAAAACUAACGUUCGAACAGAAACAACUUAUAGCUGCUGAGUUGACGAAGAGGAAAGCUAGUCUUGUUGAGAACAGGACCGUCUUGAAUCUACUGUGA